AUGACUUCCUCAGGUUCCUCCAAUAUUAGCACUGGCUUAGACGGCUCUGGGUCGGACCGUAGUUCACCUGAUGUCAUGUGGCUCGGCACGACCUUUGGUUCUGGUUUAUCGCCUCAUGGUUUCCGCCUCCGUCAGUCUUUUUUCGACAUCCUGGGCCUACCACCUGCUUUGCCAACGCCCGAAGCCGUGAAUCAUGUGGAUCCACGACUCCGAACCAAUGGCACGCCUGAAAACCACGGUAUAGGCGAAAGAUCCCCCAGUCCAGCUCGAGAAGUCAACAUAAGUCCUCGAGCGCAGAGGGAAAUUGAGAGACAGGAAGAAUACAAUCGCACUCGCAAGUCUCGAGAGGCCCUUCGCCGUAUCAUCAAGACAGUUCAAGAUAAGCGCCGUGAGGAAUUUCGCGUACUUCGGCAGGCUCUCUACCAAAUCUACCAUUACGACGGACCCUUCCUCAAGAAACCCGGUGAGAAAGCGGCGGCUGGUCGAUUGAUACGUACUGGAGGACUAGCUUCGGAAUUUGUCAAUGUUUUUGAUGACCAAGCAAAAUGGGAAUAUCUUCAAAUGAGAGUAGAUGCUAUUUAG